GGCGUGCCGCCCCUCGGCUCCUCCCCGGGGCGGGGACCGCCGGUAACUCGUCCUGCAGCCCCGCUGCGGCGUGCCGCCCCUCGGCUCCUCCCCGGGGCGGGGACCGCCGGUAACUCUUCCUGCAGCCCCGCUGCGGCGUGCCGCGUCCUCCGGUGGCCCGGCAGCCCCUGCGCGCCCUGUGUCGGUAGCUGCUCCGGUCGCCAACCACGCCGCUUUUUGCCACCCUCGGAAGAUGGCGGAGCUGGAGCUGGGGCAGCACUGCGGGGUACCAGAUUGCCACCAGCUCGACUUUCUCCCCUUUGUAUGUGAUGGCUGUUCAGGUGUCUUUUGCCUUCAGCACAGGAGCCGGGAUGCUCACGGUUGUUCUGAGGUGAAUAUUAGAAAAAAUGCUGUCAAGCCUGAUCAGCACAGAUCUUACCCCUGCUCAUACAAGGACUGCAAUGGAAGGGAACUCGUGCCAGUUUUAUGUCCCUGUUGUGAACAACAUUUUUGCCUCAGGCACCGGCACCCAUCAGACCAUGACUGUGAGAAACUGGACACCCCAAAACCUCGAAUGGCUGCCACCCAGCAGCUAGUUAAAGACAUUAUAGAUUCUAAAACAAAUGAGGAAGCAAAAAGAAAAAAACGGAAAGGAGCAAAAAACAGUGAGACAGCAGCUAAAGUGGCAUUAAUGAAGCUGAAACUGCAUGCCUGUGGGGACAAGUCCUUGCCUCAGACAGAAAGAAUUUACUUUCAAGUAUUUUUACCAAAGGGGAACAAAGAGAAAAGCAAACCCAUGUUCUUUUGCAGUAAGUGGAGUAUCGGCAAAGUAGUAGAUUUUGCAGCUUCCUUAGCAAGCCUUAAAAAUGACAACAACAAAUCAACAUCCCAGAAACUGAGAUUAUGCCAUAGCGCCUCUGGAGCAGCCUUGCCAUUUGAGCACACACUAGAAACCUGGCUGUCUGAUAAGGACUAUCCAUUGUACAAUGGUGGAAAUAUCAUUCUGGAGUAUCUUGAUAAUGAUGUUCUGCUUAUAGAAGAUACAGAGUCAUACUUCAGCUAAACAGAAAAUUACCACAAACCAAAGAAGAAAAAAAAAAGAAGUAUAUUUUUAGAAGCAUUGAAACGAAGUUCAGUUUUCUGUUAAGAUCAUUGGCGUGCCAGAAUCUGACCUCAGCUGUAAAGACACAGUGCCCAUCCAUUACUCAGUUGCUUGAGUGACAGAAACACUAUGUACUGAAAAGAAAAAUUAGUUAUAACUCAUUACAAAUACUCACUUUCUACAACAAAUUCUUUCUUUUUUUCUGCUGGUUAAUGGCAAUAAUGGUUUAUGAAAGUUUGUAUUUAUUUUUGUGUAAAUGAUGGAAAAAAGUACAUAGUAAGAUCAAUAAAUAAUGAAAUUGUAAA